AUGAACCGACUAAGAUCAUUUCUGCAGCGCCGCAGAUCAUCGCGAACUGGCGCCAACCCCCAGCAAGCGCCUGCAGGUCAACAACCACUACAACAACAGCAGCAACCGCCGCCGCUGCAACAGAAAGCCCUACAAUCAGCCCAAGUCCCACUUGCUACCACUUCAGCAACGACUACUGGUCAACUGACAAUUGCAUUGCAGAACCAAACUAAUUCAAAUACUGUCUUCGCAUAUGUGACAGGUCGUGCUAUCGAUAAUGGCAAUGCUUGGUUCCUGCUACGCUCAGAUGCGGUCACUCCAUAUUUUCCGGCCUCACCUGGUCAGAUCAUGCAGCCCUUGGGUGCAGACGUUGCCAUCAGACUAGGCGGACCAGGAAGUACGAUUCAAGCACAGAUUCCUCGAAUUGCUGGUGGCAGAAUUUGGUUUUCCAUUAAUCAACCUAUUGAGUUCAAGCUCAACCCUGGACCUGCUUUGGUUGAGCCCUCGGUCACCAAUCCCUCAGAUCCGAAUGCGCAAGUCAAUUGGGGCUUUGCUGAAUUCACAUUCAACAGCGAUCAGUUGUAUGCUAAUAUCAGCUAUGUCGACUUCGUCAGCAUUCCUAUCGCAUUGACAUUGAAUACUGUGAAUAGUGGCACAAGUCAUGUCUCCGGCAUGGCAGUCGAUGGUCUUCAACGAGUCGCAGAUGGUAUGCGACAACAGCAACAAGCAGAUGGUCGAGGCUGGGACCAGCUCAUUGUGAACCGCACUGGCACCAACCAAGUCCUGCGAGUACUGAGUCCUAACCAAGGCCUGGUGACCAAUCCAGGACUAUUCGCGGGUUACUACGACGGCUAUGUGAAUGAAGUCUAUUCUAGAUUCCAGUCUGAGGAACUUGCAAUAGACACACAAGCCGCAUCUGGAGUCGUUCGAGCUCGCGCUGCUGGCGAUGUCUUCAAUUUCAGUGGUUCCCAAUUUCCUCGUCCUAGCACUCAGGACAUCUUCAGUUGUUCGACUGGUCCCUUCGCUACAGGCUCGAACGCACAAACCAAUGCGAUAAUACCGCGCUUGGCGGCAGCAUUCAAUAGAUCGACACUGUUGUUGACGAACUCCAUUCCUGCGCCCUCGAACCUCUACUAUCAAAAUCCGAUUACGAAUCAUUAUUCGAGAAUUGUACAUCAGGCAAAUCUCGAUGGUAAGGGGUAUGCAUUCCCUUAUGACGAUGUGCAGCCGAGUGGUGGAGCGGAUCAGUCUGGUGAGGUGCACGCUGGCGAUCCGACGUUGUUCACGGUUGCUGUGGGUGGAAAUAAUGCUUAUGUCUGA